UUUUUUUUUUUUUUUUUUAAACCUAGUAUCUCCGAGUAGUAAGAUCAUCUGUGUCCGAGACAGGGUUUUACAGAGGUGGGUCCAUGACAAAUCCACCAGAGAACACCGGCGACUGCGUGGCUACAGCUCUGCUGCAGACCGGACCCACGGCUUUUUAACCCACGCAGGGUUCCAGUAUGGGUUUGUCGUUCCUUUUGGUCUUGGCUGCCUCCGUGAUCCUGAUCAGACCGGAGACGCCUGUAACGAAGGCCCUGCAUCAGAACUCACUGGAGUGCUGUGGAGAGAAGCAGAAAGGGAACAAUUCGUGCUCAAACGACACUCACUGUGAACCGGGUUGCUUCUAUCGUGUGCUGGAGAACAGCAACACAGCGUGCAUUUUCUGUGACUCAGCAGCGGUGGAUUUGGAGAAUGUAACCGUCUGCACAUACAAUUACACUUUGGACCGUAAAAACCACACAACAGUGACAACUGUCAUUCCUAAAAUCGGAGGCCCAGGUGUGGCGGCCUCUGUCCUUCUGGGAACUCUGUUGAUCAGCAUGUUCCUCAUCCUCACCGUUGCCUCCUUUUUCUACCUCAAACGCUCCAACCGGCUGCCGGGCAUCUUCUACCGGCGAAACAAAGCCUUUAUAUUUCAGCCAAGUGAAACGGCGGUUAUGAUUCCCUCCACAUCAGUGAGGAAGCCAAGAUACGUGAGAAGGGAGCGGCCGUCUGCAACGUCGACACUGAACAGCGCCGCAGUACCCACCUCAGCCACCACUCAGGUGUAUAAUGUGUCUGAGAAGUGAUGGGUUUUAGGUGCAGGCAGGAGAGGAAAAGCUCAGGAAGGAUGUCCAGUUCUGUGAUGUGAAGGAAAACAAAGCCGACUCUGGGAUUGUUGGCCAAAUUGAACUAUUGCUGCUAGCUGCUCCCACCUUCCUAUCACUAAGACUGACUCUGUUUGCGUUUUCAAACAUUGACCCGUCGUACUGAUGCUCUGAUCUCACUGGGAAAACUACAUUUAAUUUAACGUUUUUUUUCCAGUGAUGGUAACACUGUUUGCCCUAUUUUAUCGCUUUAUCUCCACUUCCCCAGAAUCACUGUUGAAUUAAGUGCCAAGAAUAGAGAGGGGGGCAUUGCACACCAUGUUUCAGAGUAGAUUAGUUUCGUUUUGAAAUGCUUGAAUUAGUCGGAGGAAAUAUAGCUGCUUAAACAAGAUAAAAAGCCUUUCUAUAUAAGCAACAGAGGUUUUAAUAAGCUGUUUUUAAUCUGCUGCUUCUUGAAUGUGAGCUCAGUAACGGCAUCUAAGUCGUUUAGCAUACAAUAGGUACAUUUUUCCUGUAAAUUUUUACAGUUUGGCAGCUGUAAUUUGUUUUUGUGAAGCAAACGGACAGCCCAGUCUUGUCGUUUUUCUACUAAACCAAUUUGUGUCUACUUUUUUUUUUUUUUUAUUCUUGCUUUGUAUUUGUGCACUCAUUGAGUUUUACUACUUAAACCACUGUUUGUGUCCUGCUGGGUCAGAUUAUAUCGAGGAGCAUUCCUGAAAGCACUGUAUGGAUCAAUAUUUCUUUUUGUUUUGAAUCAUGUCAGAUUUGUUGCUAUUGUAUUUAUAUUUGUAAGAAGUUGAUGUGUAUUGCGUGCAAACGCCAGGUAUUGUAGUUGUCUUUAACUGCAUUCUAUUGGCUGCUGUAGUAUUUAUAGUGUAUUUAUUUUAAAAAAUAACGUUUCAUCACAUUAAACCAGUUACGUUUAUUCCACUAUAUUCAGUUUAGAUCCAGACUUUUUGGGAUUUUUCCUUCUUCUUUUUACUUAAUGUUGGUGAGACUAUGUGCACUUUAAGAUAUCAAGCCCAUGUUGAAAAAUGUGGCUUUUUAAAAAGAAAAACUCCAAACAUCAUACCAAGUCUAGCUGUUGUUGUUUUUUAUUUUUUGUCCAGAAAAUAUUUUUCCCAUCAUAAACUGUAUAUACCUAAUAUUUAAUUAGCCAAAUGUCCGAAGAAAAUGGCUUGACUACAUUGCUGUGCCAUUGCGAGCUUUAAAUACAGCCAGUGAGCUUUUCAUGAUAAUGUAUCUGUGAUGGAUUGGGGGUUUUGAAUAGUAAACAGUGGCCUUUACUGCAUUAAUAAUCCUUAUCAAAGGUUUCCUGGCAAUAUGCUAUUGUCUUUAUCUGGCUUUAUUUUGACAAUUAUGGGUUACCGUUAAUUUUGUGGCUUUCUAUUUCAUGUAAGCCGCACAACUGCAGCCAUCAUUCCUUUGUGAUUCCUCCUUUUUUUGCUACUGGUGGUAGUUGUACAUUAAGCUCAAUAUCUGCAUAUAUUCUUUUAUACAAAUGGAGUGUUUUUGUAAUGUACAUUUUCUUGUUUUGGUGCCAUGAUGACUGUACAGAAGAUGUUUAAUUUGCAGAAAUAAAGCACCUUUCUACAAUAAAA